AUGAGGUCGCCCGCAAAUGUAAAAGAGUUGCAGACUUUUAUUGGUAGAGUGUCUUAUGUCCGAAGGUUCAUCCCAGGGAUGGCACAACUGUUAUGUGCAUUGACACCACUAUUGAAGAAGAACAAGCAGUUCCAGUGGGGAGAUGAUCAAGAGCAGGCCUUUCAGAAGCUUAAAGAAUGCUUAAUCAACGCACGGGUCCUGAUACCUCCCGUCAAAGGCGAGCUCCUCUACCUUUACACUACAUAUACCAAUAUGGCAAUCGGAGCAUUGUUGGAUCAAGACCUCGGCAAUGACCAACUAUGUACAAUUCACUAUAUCAGUAGAGGGUUUAGAGACGCAGAGCUUCGAUAUUUGAAGGCGGAGCAGGCAUGUUUAGCGCUUAUUUAUGCCACACAAAAGUUACGAUCGUAUCUGCUCGCUCACGAAACCAUAGUGGUGGAAACAGCUAAUCCGAUCGCUUACCUGGCAAAAAAACCAGUGUCAUCCAGCAGGACGGCCCGCUGGUUACUACAACUGUCCGAGUUUGAGCUAAAAUACCAGCGGUCGAAAGGAUUACGCGGGAAAGCAUUCGCAUAUUUAUUAGUCGCGUUCCCAGGUAUGGAUAUGAUAGAAAUAAGUGAUGAGAUACCUGGAGAAGUUGCGGAAGUCCAGGAGGAAGACCGCUGGACAAUGUUUUAUGACGGAUCGUCGUACGACUCUUAUGGAGGAGCGGGGAUAGAACUCAAUCUAGAAGCAAUCGACGUCAAGGGAGACUCGAAGCUAGUCACAAACCAGAUAUCGGGUGAUUUUCAGGUAAAAGAUGCGCAUUUGGAACCAUACCGAGCGAAAGCUCAGGAACUCAUAGCGAGAAGAGGAAGCACCGUGAUUGAGCACACUGGAAUAUCUACCAAUAAGCAUGCGGACGCGUUGGCUACCUUAGCGCCCAAGCUACAGUUAAACGAAGCCGAUGAAGGCACCAUAGUCGUAAAAAGAAGGGCGCUGCCCAGCACAUGGAAGGAAGAUGAAACGUUCGAAUUAAAGGACGAAUGGAAAACAGCAUACAUCGAAGAUCUGACUAGAGAGGCGGACGAUCAGUUACUGCCCGUUAAUGUGUUGAAACAAUUUGUUGUAAUCCGUGGAGCGUUAUACUAUCGAACAUCCGGAGGUGCUUUAUCACGAUGUGUGGGAAAGCCAGAAGCGCAAGAAAUAUUGAAUAGCGUCCAUGAAGAAUCAUGCGGACAGGCAGGAGGGAUCCUGCUGUACCGACGGAUACAAAGGAUGGGAGUAUACUGGCCAAAUAUGGCAGUCCAAGCAGCGGUAAUCCAGGAUAAAUGUGAUGAUUGUCAAGCACCCCCACAGCAAACGGAAAUAUGUAGUGCGGAGAUAGAGUACUGGAGACAACCUUACAUAGAUUUCAUCCGGUACGAGCGCCUACCGCCAAAUAGACAAGAAGCGUUAAAAGUUCAAAGGAAAUCCGGACGAUUCUUCAUGAGUGAAGGCAUCCUCUAUAGAAAGAGUUUCAGGGCAAGAUAUUGCGUUGACUGUCACAAGAAGAGGCGGAGAUAG